UGCGAUGUGACAUGCCCGUCUCGUCGCAUAUCUACUGCUCUCGUCCCUCUGUAAUAAUUAUCGCCAGACAUGUUACUGUUGUACGUGAUGCUUGCGAGCGCACUCGCUUUAUGUGAUGCGCUGGUUUCGAAUCCGCCUAACAUUGUGCUAAUCAUCGCCGAUGACUUGGGCUGGGAUGAUGUCGGUUUCCACGGAUCUAAUGAGAUUUGGACACCCAAUAUCGACGCCCUAGCAUACGCAGGAGUUAUUCUGCAGCACCAUUACGUAGCACCCAUCUGCACUCCCUCGCGGGCUGCUCUCAUGACUGGAAAAUACCCUAUACAUACUGGUAUGCAACAUGGCGUCAUAUAUGGUGCAGAGCCCCGUGGUUUACCGUUAUCAGAAAAGAUUUUACCUCAAUAUUUGAAGGAACUCGGUUAUAAAACACAUUUGAUUGGCAAGUGGCAUCUUGGCAGUUACAAAAAAGAGUACCUACCUAGACAUCGAGGGUUUGACUCCCAUACAGGUUUUAUCACUGGGAAAAUAGAUAUGUACGAUCAUACCAACGCUGAGAAAGGCAUGUGGGGAUUCGAUUUCAGACGAGAUUCCGCUGUAGCGCAUGAUUUAUUCGGAAAGUAUGCAACUGAUAUCUACACCAAUGAAGCCGUUAAGGUAAUAAGGGAACACAAUGGUUCGGUACCAUUAUUCCUCAUGGUGGCACACUCGGCGGUACACAGCGGAAAUCCAUAUGAGCCAAUACGAGCGCCUGAGCAUGUCUAUGAUAAAUUCAAUCACAUAAAGGAUCGCCAGCGGCAAAAGUUUGCGGGUGUAUUGUGGAAGCUAGACGAAUCUGUGGGUAAAGUAGUGGAGGCUUUACAAACCAACGGUCUCCUACAUAACUCAAUUAUUUUAUUUACGACUGAUAAUGGAGGAGCUGCUGCAGGAUUUAACAGCAACGCUGCCUCCAAUUUCCCUUUAAGAGGUGUAAAGAAUACAUUGUGGGAAGGUGGAGUACGAGGCGUGUCAGCUUUAUUUAGUCCAAGAUUGGUGAGUAACUCGCGGGUGGCCACUCAGCAGCUGCACAUUUCUGACUGGCUGCCGACGCUGUACGGUGCUGCCGGAGGAGACGUCAGCAUAUUGUCAAACAUCGACGGCUUUAACCAAUGGGAAACUCUAUCGAAGGAUUUGAAGUCAAAAAGAUCAUCGGUUGUUCAUAACAUAGAUGAGAAUUGGGGUAUAGCAGCAAUAACAAUUGAUCAAUGGAAAUUAAUAAGUGGUACAACCUACCACGGUGAAUGGGAUGGAUGGCACAAUUCAAACCGUCGAGAUGGAGAAUACAAAAUUGAUUUGAUAAUGCAAUCAACUGCAGCACGAGCUAUCGCAAAGCUUGGGUUGAUGCCUGAUAAAAAUAAGAUAAUGUCGAUAAGAGAUGCAGCCUCAGUAAAAUGCAGCAAUGAUAGUGUCAUUAUUUGCAAACCUUUAGAGGCACCAUGUCUGUUCAACAUUAAAGAGGAUCCAUGUGAAUUAAGGAAUCUUGCAGAAUCAGAACCAGAAAUAUUGCAUAAAAUGCUAACAGAACUGAGCGAAGUUAACAGAACAGUUGUACCACCAAACAAUAAACCUGUUGAUCCACAUGGUGACCCAAAAUAUUGGGGACAACUAUACUUUAAUUUUGGGGAUUUUGAGCUUAGCAAUUCUAAUCCUACUGGUAUUAAAUCAUGUAACAAUUCGUAAUAUAUUGAAUCUGUCGCAAUUUAAAUUGUUGUGUUUCAACGUCAAUAAAAACAAUCGAAUAAAAAAUCAUGUACUUUUAUUCUUAUUAACCUAUUCAGAAUAUUAAAACAAGGAAACAGAAAUAAAUGAAAAUACCUAUUCAUGUAUUCAA